GGAUGAAUGAAGAGGAGAUGAAUAGUGACAAGGUCUGCUUCAACACGGACAAGCAGAGUGUCUCCCUGCACCCCCAAGGAGUGGACUCCGCGAAAGUGGCUCCCGCAGCCCGCAGGAUGCCGAGACUUGUUAAGGCCACCCUGGCAUUUAUGGCCGUGACUAUUGUCUCCUCUCUUGUGGCUCUCCUUGUUGUGGAUCUCUACCACUUUGGCAGAGUGGCAGAGUUGCAAGAGGCUAUCCAGAUGUUUAAAGGCCAUGUGGAGAAUUCCAGCACCUGCGGCAUGGAGAUCCAGAUGCUCAUGUGCAGAGUGGACAAUGUCAGUUCUCAGAUCCAGAUGCUCGGUGGUCAUCUGGAAAACACCAGUGCUGACAUCCAGAUGGUAAAAGGCAUUCUAAAGGAUGCCAGUUCCUUGAGUUUCCAGACCCAGAUGUUAAAGAGAUCCUUGGAGGGGGCCAAUGCUGAGAUCCAGAAGCUAAAAGGAGAUAUGGAAAAGGAAAAUACUUUAAAUUCCCAGACCCGGAGUUUCUUAAAAAGCAGUUUAGAAAACACCACUGUUGAUCUCUACAUGUUAAACAGAGACUUAGAGAAUGCCAACACUGAAAUUCAGGUGUUGAAGGCAGGACUGGAAAUGGCAAAUGCCCAGGCCCAGUUGGCAAACGGUAGUUUGAAGAAUGCUGAUGCUCAGAUUCGUGUUUUGAGAGGCAGUCUGGAGAGCAUCAAUGAUUUAAGGGCCCAGAAUCAGGUUUUAAGAAGUAGUUUGGAAGGAGCCAAUGCUGAGAUCCAGCAGCUAAAGGUAAGUCUGCAAAAUGCAAAUGCUUUAAAUUCCCAGACCCAGACCUUUAUAAAAGACAGUUUAGACAACACGAGUGCUGAGAUCCAGCUAUUGAGAAGUCACCUGGAAAGGGCUGGUGAUGAGAUUCACUUGUUAAAAAGAGAUUUGGAAACUCUCACUGUCCAGACCCGAGCGGGAAACCGUUUCCUGGAGCAGACAGAUGCUCAGAUCCAAGUAUUCAAAACAAAGCUGGAAAAGGCUAGUGCCUUAAAUUCCCAGAUUCAGAUGUUAAAUGGUGACUUGAAAAAUGCCAGCAGGGAGAUACAGACCCUAAAACAAAAAAUGAAGGAUGCUGUGGCCUUAAAUUCCAAGACCCGGAUGUUAGAGAGCAAUCUGCAGAAUGCCAGUGCUGAGAUCCAGAGGCUAAUAGGGGAUUUAAGGAGCGCCAGAACCCUGACUACCCAAAUCCAGGAGGUGCAGAGUCGCCUGGACACCCUCCAUGCGACCUUUGCUUUGCAGGAGCAGCUACAGAGGUCCCAAGAUCAUCUUCUCCAGCAGAUUCUGCAAGGCUGGAAGGUCUACCACGGGAGCUUGUAUUACUUUUCUCGCAUCAAGAAGUCUUGGCAUGCAGCUGAGCGGUUCUGUGUGUCCCAGGGAGCCCACCUGGCCUCGGUGACAUCUGAGGAGGAGCAGGAAUUUCUGGCAGAGACCGUGAGUAAUUCUUACCACUGGAUUGGCCUCACUGACAUGGGCACAGAGGGCUCCUGGCGCUGGGUGGAUGGGACACAAUUCAGUGAUACCCAGAGCAGAGCGUUUUGGGAGAAGAAUCAGCCAGACAACUGGCUGAAUGCGAAGGGGCAUACUGAAGACUGUGUCCAUACUCAGCAGAGGUGGAAUGACAUGGACUGUGAUGUACUCUACCCCUGGGUCUGCAAGAAGCCCAUCGGCCAGGGUGCGGCUGAGGCAGGCCAGAGCUCAGAGGUCACCACCACUGCCACCUCUGGAACCUCUCUACCAUGACGCUUU